ACGUCCCGCUCUUUUUCCUAAAUAUCUAAUCCAUCUCUCUCUCUCUCUCUCUCUCUCUAAAUUCAUUGUUUUUGGAUUAUGCUGAUUGCAAGAGAAGAAAUGCAGGAGCCUACUAUGACGACGAGCUCAAUUGCAGCGAGCUCUCUGCCGUCGAGCAGUGAGAGAUCUUCAAGCUCAGCUCUCAACAUUGAAGCAAAAGAAGGUAUGGAGAGUGAUGAUGAAAUAAGACGAGUGCCGGAGAUGGGUGGCGCAAUAGAUUCCGGCAACGGCGGAGGCUCCGUGGCCGGAGCUGUCCAGCCUUCUUCCGGUGGUUCUAAGCGGAGAGGGAGAAGCCCGGCUGAUAAAGAGAACAAAAGGUUGAAAAGGUUGUUGAGGAAUCGGGUUUCGGCACAACAAGCAAGGGAGAGGAAGAAAGCGUAUGUGGGUGAUUUGGAGGUUAGAGUUAAAGAUUUGGAAUCUAAAAACGCUGAGCUUGAAGAGCGACUCUCCACCUUUCAAAAUGAGAAUCAAAUGCUUCGAAAGAUAUUGAAGAAUACAACCAAGGGUGCACAAGAGGGAAAGAAAUGACUUUAUUUGUGUGAGAGAUAGGGAGGCUUCGAACUUGUAUUACUUGGAUCUUUAGGAGUGUACCUCAAGUGUAACAACAUGUACUAUGACUUAAUUGUAAUGCUAAUUAAUUAAUCAAGAUGAUUUCAUCCCUA